UUCAGAGGUGUAGACCCUGGGCUGGGGCCCGGGAGCCUUAGUUCCGCGUAUGAUCGAAUUCUUACGGCUCCGCAGGUUCAUGCUCCGUUCCGGUCUCCCCUUCUUCUGGAUAGAGGAUUAGGAGGCCAGAGGGAGAUCUCUUCCACGGUGCAGGGCUGAAAUGGACCCGCUUAGGGCCCAGCAGCUGGCGGCAGAGCUGGAGGUAGAGAUGAUGGCUGAUAUGUACAACAGAAUGACCAGUGCCUGCCACCGGAAGUGCGUGCCUCCCCACUACAAGGAAGCAGAACUGUCCAAGGGCGAGUCUGUGUGCCUGGACCGGUGUGUCUCCAAGUACCUGGACGUCCAUGAGCGGAUGGGCAAAAAGUUGACAGAAUUGUCUAUGCAGGACGAAGAGUUGAUGAAGAGGGUGCAGCAGAGUUCCGGGCCCGCGUGAGGUCCCAGGCAGUACACCUCAAGGUGCACCCUGUCCUUUCCCACUUGUCUAAUAAAAGUGCCCCCAUUGGGUGUCAUCUGUGAAGACUGCCAGGUCUAGGCACUUUCUGGAGAGUCUCCAGGAGCCCAGGGUAUGAUGGAGCUCUUUCCCGGUUGAAGAAGGGGUAUUUGUCACUCUGGCAUGUGACUGUGUGUGUGUGUGUUUAUUAUAUAUUAAAACAAGUUUGUUGACA